UGUGAAGUAAAAAAAAAAAAAAAAAAAAAAAACAUUGAAAGCGUCUCCACCAUUCAGAGCAGCAGCUGCAGCUUCAGGCAUUUUUUAAACUCUCCAACAAUGAGUGAAUCACUGGUGGUGUGUGAUGUGGAUGAAGAUCUGGUUAAAAAGCUGAAGGAGUUUCGUUUCCGGAAGGAGACCAAUAAUGCGGCCAUCGUUAUGAAGAUUGAUAAAGACAAGCAGCUAGUUAUUCUUGAAGAAGAACAUGAGGAUAUUUCUCCUGAUGAUCUAAAGGAUGAACUGCCUGAGAGACAGCCGAGAUUUAUCGUCUACAGUUACAAAUACCAGCACGAUGAUGGACGUGUUUCCUAUCCUCUCUGCUUCAUCUUCUCCAGUCCAGUGGGUUGCAGACCAGAGCAGCAGAUGAUGUACGCAGGAAGCAAAAACAAACUGGUGCAUACCGUUCAACUGUCCAAGGUGUUUGAGAUCAGAAACACAGAGGACCUAACAGAGGAAUGGCUUAGAGAGAAACUUGGGUUCUUUGGCUAAAGUCAUCUCAUCCAGUGGUCUUGGAUGUGAGGAGGAUCCAGAUUGCACAACUUGUGUCACCUCUUGGGGAGAACACACCACAGUUAAUGUUUCCCUCCUCUUUGUACCAGAUCUGAUUUAAAUAGUGUUUGCAAAUACUUCCUGUACUCAGUUUUAGGCCUCUUUGGUAAAGUUUACGGUGCGCCAGAAGGUUCAGACAGUCACAUGAGUUUGUAUACUUUUCUGUGACUGUCGGACAUGUGUGGCAGUAACUAAACCUCUCACCCAUCUAGCAGCCUAAAACUGAAAAUACUAUUUGACACAGGUCUGCUGUUGUGUCCCAUACAAUCUCUCCAUAUGCCAGUUAUGUGUCUGUAUUGAAUUAACACUCCCAUAGCUCUUAAGAUGGACAGAAAUUGAUCAUUUGCCCUUCCUAAACAUGUUCCUUAAGUAGUUUACACUAUUUUUUUUUUACACCUGAGUUUCACCUGUUUAUGUUUUAAUAAUUUUCCAUAAUUUGAGGGAGUCUUACUUUUAGAUAUUUUUUGGUUUUUCUCUGCUGUAUUUAGGGUUAUAUAAGCAUAUACUUUAUAGCAGUAAUUUCCUUUUGUGGUGUAAACAAACCUCCUGCCAGUACAUCUGAACAAUCAUAGCUACAAUUCAGAGAAUGAUAUAGAGCUUUAGUCAGUCUUGCCUUCAGUAUUCAUUUUAAAUUAUAAUUUAGGUAACAAACUGUAAAUAACAACAACACUAAGACCUUUUGACAAGUGGCAGUCCUAAGAGUUAUGAUGUGUCGUACCUUCUGUGCACAUAAACAAGCUGGCUCGAGGGGCCCUCGAGUGCUGCUUAUCACGCUGCAGAUUUGCCUGUUAGUCCAUCCUCAGAUCACAUCUUUUUGUCUCUGUUUAGAGGAAAAACAGUGUGACUCCUGGGUAAAGCUGUAGUCUGCCUUUGACCUGCAUAUUUGUUACAACGAUAUUACACUCCUACAAAACAAUAUUUCCACUCAAACAUUCCAGUCUGAACAAUUUAUUACCUACAACAAACCUCCGUCUCAAGCGACCAUGACAGUCUUGAAAACACUGCACACAGGGGGCAUUACCUGCCCUCUUUUUAAUCUACUGGGCUACUCUACAAGUGAGUUACUGCGUCUUUAGGGAGAUUGUUAGCUAAUAUUGUGCAUUAUAGCUAUUGCUGUUAUUAGUGUUAAUGAAUGUUGUGCUUCAUUCUGAUGUAAAGCCACUUUGAUUGCUUAGUGGUAGUCACAGCCUUGAGAAUGAUGGCUGUGACUUUUCCAAAUGCCAGUUGUGCUUAAUAUUUAGACUUUGGUAGGUAAAGGACAGCAUCUGGGCAAUUUCCAUUUUCCAUAAGGAACAGGGUUUGACCAAUAUCGCUUUUUAAAGGCUGAUACUGACAUUUCUGUACACUAUGUGCCAGCAGCUCAUAUUUUGUGCCAAUUUCUAAUAUCCAAGUUACACUUUUUUUGUUGCGUUUGAUCUGUAUUCUAUCAUGUUGGGUUUUAAAUUAAACACAGAUUGAGGUUAACAUGUCAAAUUUUAGCUUUACAGAGUUAAAACAUAACAUAAAAUGUGUCACUUUCCAAACGCCUAUGGACUCUAUUGUAGUUCUUCUAAUAGUUCUUCCUUAUUUCCUGUUGAAGAUCCUCUAAAACAGGAUUUAAACAAAUCCAACACACUUAACCAGUUGCUAAUACUUUAGGGAUUAGCGGCUCUUAACAGCAGGGUGACCCGCUCCGGAUAGUUAAAGCUACGUAAAAUGUACUUUAAAUUGUAUUUCAGGUGCUAAAGGCUGGUUUCAUGUGAGCUGUGAGACAGAAACCUCCAUUAUUAUGGUGGUGGAUGACUCGAGUGGCAGAUUUCUGAUUCUUAAUUAAAGCUAAAUAUCAGUUCUGUAUAUUGGUCUGACCCUAAUAAAGAAUAAUAGGCACAAAUUAAUUCGUGUUCGCUCGUCAGUGUCAUCUCUUAUUGGGAAACUCCUACUUUGGAAAUUGAUAAGGGAGGGUUGUGGUGAUUUAAAGCCCGAAGGCGGCAAGUCACUACCCCAUGUGUGAUGUCAUACUGCUAAGUCUACCAUACCAAUGCCUUGUCUUAAUUUUUAUUUUUGGCAUGUUUAGGUCAGUUUUUAAAAAAAUUAUGAGGCCAAAAUGAUACUCAACAUAUACACAAAUAUGUUUUGAGAAAAAUUGUUGAUUGGAAAAGCUUUGAGGGAUUAUAAUGUUGUUGUUUUUAAAAGACACUAAUGUUUCUGAUCUGUAAAGUUCAUUUAUUUUUUCUAUUUAAUGUUAUCUUGGUUGUGGAAAAAUAAUAGAAAGUUUCUUUUUCCAGAGAUGUGGCUCAAAGAUAUGUGCGCACAAUCACACCAUUUCAUGUAAAUCAUUUAUAGAUGUCAAAUGUUAAGACAUUAAUCAUUUAUGAUUUACAUGUCAGGACAGGGUUUAAUCCAGCAGGAACAAUGGGGUCUAACUGUAAUCACUUGUUUUACUGUCUACUGAUACCAUUGAUGCUAAUAUUUCCACACAGUCAGCUCCACAUUAUCCAGUAUUAUGCUGUUGUAACAGAAAAACACAACUCCAAUGUGGGUAAUUCUCAUGUUUAUAAUGGUUUCUGUUCUUACUUGAGCUGAUAGUAUGCUGUCCUUUAUGGGUUUUAUGAGUGAACAGUUUUCAUAAGCCUGACAGAAGUUUCCUGAUGACAUAUUUGAGUCUUUGUUGCAUGCAUCUCUUUACAGAAAAUUUUACAUUCAGUGAAUUUGAUUCGAUUGAUAUAAUUUAUUUGCACAGAUUCUUAAAAAAAAAUGGGGAACUCUUCUCAAACAUCUGGUCUCAGCUGUGUUCUUACUAUAUGUGAAAUAUUUUACAUACUGACAGUGCUUUCUUUGAAGAAACCCUCUGCUACUGCUAUUUUUAAUGGAAGUGGGUUGUAAUAGACUGUCCACUGAUCAUGUUUCAAAAUCAAGCUCCCCAAUAUAUUGAUAUUGAGCCAUGUAUCUGGUUAUGUCCUGUGGAUCUAAUAGCUUUCCCUUCUAUGUGGUGAAACUGUUGUAUAUUAGGCCUCUUGAGUCUUUUACCUGCAAAUGUGUUGUUCAGCUCUUGGUGUCCUCUCCGAUCAAAUGCCUACUAUUUGUUUCCUUUUUAAUGAAAAAACACAUGAGACAUUUAUCAUUACCAGCUGCCUCAUGGCAUCAGUGAAACUUGAGAUAUUUGUAUUUUCCCAUACUUUAUAAAGUGUCUAUUGUCUUAUUGUCCAAAUAAAAUGACAGUGAUGUUUA